AUCCCUUAUUCAACCAUGAAGUUCGUGAUUGUUCUUGCCUGCCUUGUUGCCUUGGCUUUUGCCAACGAGGAGGCUGAUGUUCUCAAGAGCGAUGCCGAGGUUAACGUGCUGGACUUUAACUACGCCUAUGAACUAUCCAACCACAUUCGUGCUGUCCAGUCUGGAGCUCUGAAGGAGCACGACAACUGGGUGGUUUCCGGAGAAUACGAGUACGUCGCCCCCAAUGGCAAGACUGUGAAGGUCGUCUACACCGCCGAUGAGACCGGCUACCAUCCCAAGGUCGUCGAGGCUUAAAAAGACAACCAUGUUCUUACCACGAAAUAAAAUGAAAA